UCGGCCACCAGCAGAGAAAGGCGAAGAAGUGUGGCAGCCAUCCCAGCCCAGCCUCCCAGCCCGAAUGACUUAUGUGAUGAGCCAGCAAACAAGAGAUAUGAUUCGUUUGACUCGGGUUCGCAUUGACAGCCUUCGGCCAGCCAUGCAUUCCUCAACCCGCCGAAGCUGGGUAAAAUAUAAAUAUCGCAGUGGAGGAGGCAGGAUCAGGAAGGAUUUCAGGACACGGUGCCUUACAGAAGGCCGCCCAAGGCAAGAUGAAGUAUCGUAAUACUCGGAAGCUUCUCAGCACCUUUUCAGACGUGCAGUUUGCCGAUCGAGGUCAAACGGAGCGCCUGGAUGAGCUCGGAAAGUUCAUCUCGCACAAGAAACUCAAUCAGGCCCCCAUUUCUCAGGAUGCUCUUCGGACAUGACAUAACAGCGUGAGCGUAGUUCCUCGUCGGGCAAAAGUUCUUCAUCUCUCUCUCCACACUUCGUCAUGUCUGCAAAUGGAAAGAUGCCCUCGUCACUUAAAAUGGAGACGACACUGCCAGGUUCAAGGUGGGUUUGCGUCUGGCCAGGAGAACCGCCGGCUGCUGAUGAGGCAUCGAGAUCGAGCGAGCAUGGAGGGGUAAUGCUAACUUUCCAGGGGACCUCCCAAGCUGGUGACAUCAGUAGUCGACUCAGUGGGGUGGAUAAGAACUGCCGUGGCAAGCAUUUUUUUGAGAUUUCAACUGCUGGAUUAAUAAUAACAGUGUAGGGAUCGGGGAGGGGAGUUAAGUAAAAUGUACUGGCACAUUUUCACUGCUUUAAUUGCUUUCCAAUCUUGCUGAACAUCCAUCUGUAUUUAUACUUUUUAUCAUUUCAACGUCACAGGAUCUACAACUACCCCAGCACAAUGUCCAAGAAUACCGUCAUUGCAACCCAGAAACCAGGCGAAGCUGCCGCAGUAGAGGCACCUGUGCCAGUUCUCCGAGAUGAUUAUAUUUUGGUUAAAGUAAAGGCAGUUGCGUUGAAUCCUACGGAUUGGAAGCAUGUAGCUUGGUUGACGUCUGAGGGUGCAAGAAUCGGUUGCGACUAUGCUGGCGUUGUGGAAGAAGUUGGAAGCAAAGUCACAAAGCCCUUCAAGAAGGGUGACCGAGUCGCCGGAUUCGCUCAUGGAGGAAAUGAGGUUCACAAGGAAGACGGAGCAUUUGGUACUACAAUAACUGCCAAAGGCGACGUCCAGAUCCGGAUUCCUGACAACUUGAGCUUUGAAGAAGCUUCCACCCUCGGCGUAGGCAUUACAACAGUCGGACAGGGUCUCUACCAGAGUCUUCAACUCCCAUUGCCCACCAAGCCCGCGACAGAGAAGACUUACCUACUCAUAUACGGAGGUUCGACAGCAACUGGCUCCCUUGCUAUCCAGUUCGCCAAAUUGUCUGGUUUGACGGUAGCUGUCACUUGUUCCCCACGUAACUUUGACUACGUGAAAAGUCUUGGAGCUGAUGCGGCAUUCGACUACAACUCCCCUACCUGUGCAAAGGAUAUUCAAGAAUGGAGCGAGGGCAAGAUUUCCCAUGCAUUCGACUGCAUUUCCGAGGGCGACAGCCCCAAAAUCACAGUAGGCGCUAUGUCACUCUUAGGUGGUGUCUAUUCCACUUUAUUGCCAGUUCCAGCAGACCAGGUGAAGAGUAUCAACGAUAAGGUCGAGAUGAAAUCCACCUUGGGAUACACAGUCAUGGGAGAGGGGUUCAAGUUUGGACCUAAUGAGAUCCCAGCUAAGCCUGAGGACUUUGAGUUUGGGAAGCUGUUCUGGGAGAUGGCUAGAGGAUUGUUAGAGGAAGGAAAGGUUAAGGUACAUAAGCCGAGUAUGAACAAAUAUGGGAAAGGCUUUGAAGGAAUUUUGAAGGGCAUGGAUGAGAUGAAAAUGGGCAACGUCAGCGGAGAAAAACUGGUAUUUACAUUGUAG